GUUAGCCUCAGGAGAAGGGUUGUGGUAUGGGGUUCAGAAGGGAGAAAGCUUAAGGAGAAGGGUGUGAAGCAUGGUCAGGGCCUGAAACUCUCUCCAUCUUCAGCUCCAGGGGCCUGGCCAUACCAAAAAAACAUAGGCAAGAAUGACAUCUAAGCAGCAGAGAAGCACAUCCAUUGAACAGACAAAGCCACAGGAAAGAGAUUUGCUAAUCACUGAGACCCUGUGGGAGCAGGUGCUAAUGGCCUUCAAAGGAAUACAAAAGGAGCUUCAGGAAGAUGCUCGGAUUCGAGGCAUGAGUACCCGUUCCGUGGCACUCGCCCCACCUGUCCCCCCCAAGACUGGAAGCUUCAAGCCUCCAUCUCUCUCUACACACAUCCCCAAAUAAGAAUCACAGCUCAAAUUCUGGAGAGAAGUCAUCGGAAGUCCAUUCCUACACCCCAAGGAUGCAACCCCGUGACCAACCAGCCUUCUACACUAGACUUUAAACUUUGUCACCAAGGAAUGUCUCCUGUGUUUCUUCCAGGGCCCGGCUCAGUCGCCUGAUACUCGAAGGCAGUGAGACAAAGGCAGUGAGACAGACACCAUCAUUACCAGAAUCUACCAGCAGCAACUGUGAACUUGGACAUCACUUGAAAGCCAGGCACAUCCUAACUGCCAAGCAAAGAAUCCAGCAGCUAAACAAUGGAGGAAAUAAAUGUGAUGUAAAACAAAGACCUUGAACAAAUAAACACAGGAUAUUAAAUAACUCUGAGGCAUAGCAUGUAAUCCUAUGGAGUAAGAAUAUGUCACACAGCCAAUGCAACUAUAAGUCACUAGAGCGAUAUAAAAGUCAAAGGACAACCUAAGAAGGAGGAGGAGGAGGAAGAGAAGGAA